AUGGACUUGUACCUAAACAACUGUUUAAAGGCCGCGGAGGCUGCUGCCUCCAAAGAGGCUUCCGACAAGCUAAAAUCUGACAAAAAGACUUGUAGAACCAAGAAAAAGAACCUUAUCAUUCCAAAUAUUGGACCAUCUAGUCUAUUGGAUUUGCCUCUUGGAGCCAAACUGCCUAUUAUCCCUGGAAGUACUAAUAUAUUCUACACAACAAAUCUAAGUGAAAAGCUUUAUCAGCCUUCUUUUGGUUUUAACCUUAAUGAUCCUUACUGCAAACUCAUGGAAACCACCUACAAAAGUCUUCACGAUCCACACCUAAAAUCAUACUUCAAGCGAAAAGACAUUCUUAAGAAACUAAGACAGGGAGGAUACAUCACCGGCAAUAACAAAGUGGUGUGUUCCUUAAAAGAGUUGAACAAAUACAGACAAUAUCUUACUACUUUAAAAAUUGACUUUGAACGAAACUAUAUCAGAGAACAAAAAAUCAUUGAAGAUCAAGUGAAGAAACUGAACGAAGAGAGACGGGCCUGUGACGACACUGCUGCUGCUGAGUUUCAGCAGUGGUUGUUACAAGAAGGGAAAAAACCUUGCCCGCAUCAAGACCGACUACUGAAACUCAGACAUUUGCAUAUGAUUCACAAAGAACUAGACAAAAUUGAAAACACCUCGGAAAGGCGAAACACCUUGCAGUUACUGGAAGAAGACCUACAACAUUGGGAUAAUGUUAGAAGGAAACUGAAUCUCUGCACAGACGCUGACCAGGAAUGGCAAUCCAAGGAAAUGGCACUUCUAACAAAGAUUGGAGAAGAAGCAAAAAGGAACACCAAAGCUGAUGACCGUCGUCGGAAAAUCAGAGAUGAAAUUAACCGAAAGAAACAAGUAAUGCUUCACAAAAGAAUUGCCUACCAUUUGCAAAAACUACAAAAGAAAGACAGUAAAGAAGAAACCGGAAAAGCAAGUGCCUUUGAAAUCCAAAGACAAUCUGAAACAGCGUCUGUGACAACCCAGAAGAAACCAAGCGUCACAGAGCCAAAGACGUCUCAAGAACACCUGGAACAAAAACUUUCUCCAACAGACACAAGGACACCUAGUUUGCCUGAGAUGCAGACAUUUCAAGACUUUUUGGGACCCAAACAUUACUAUCACCCUAGUGAGAAGAAAGCGAGUUUUGCUGAGCAGAUGUUUUACGAACCAACUGAACAAAAAUAUGGUCCGGUAAAGGCAAAAAGAUCCAGUUUUAUCGACCAGAAAUUUAUGGAAGACCUUCUAGAAGCAAAAUAUAUUUACCCAAAUACUGUGAGAAGUUUCACCGAUCACAGACCGACGGGAGAUCUAGAAGCAAAAUCAACUUCAUCAAACACAAAGAAAAGAAGUGUUUCAGAACAGAAAUUGUUUUAUGAACCAGUCAAAAUAAAAUCAGCUCCACAAAAUGUAAAGAAAACAAGUUUUUCUGAAGAGGAAUCAUUUCUACAACUCAUGGAAGCAAUAUCACCUCGACAAUAUGUAAAGAAAACAAGUUUCGCUGACCAGAAAUCAUCUCAAGAAUCUCUGGAAUACAGACGAUCAAGCCAACAGUCUCAGAGUAACAUUACGGUUUUUAUUAGGACAUCAACAACUUUACCACCCCAAGUGAGGGACAUACAACAUCCAGCCGAGCAAAAGCAUGAUAAAGAAGGAAAGACAUCACAUCAUUCAUAUGACAGAGGAGUCAAAAGAGGCUCAAUUCCUGCUCCGUCUCACUCUCUGCAAGCAACAAAUCUUUCCAGACAGUCUCUUCAUGAUACUACAAAACAAGAGGGGGAUAUUCCUUUUUGAAACACACAUAGACAGAGCAAGUGAUUUAUGAAAUUACCAUCAAGAAUAGUGUAAAAACUUUAUACAUUAAAUGACAAUUUAAAAA